AUGAUGAUGAUGAUGUUGGUUUUAUAGUCUGCAGUCGCAUCAGCGCACAUUCACACAGAGGAGCUUCACAGACCGGAGAGAUGUGGAGGAUAGUGGAGCUCGUGGCGUGUUUGCUUAUGAUGUCCAGUCAUGUAUCAUCUCAGAGCAAGAUCUUUGGGGAGGAACAAGUCCGUAUGACAUCAGAGGGAUCCGACUGUCGCUGUAAGUGCAUCAUGCGGCCUUUGACCCGGGACGCAUGCGCUCGCUUGCGGACAGGAAGUGUGCGUGUGGAGGAUUUUUACACGGUGGAGACGGUGAGUUCCGGAGCCGACUGUAAAUGUUCCUGCACGGCUCCGCCCUCCUCUCUUAAUCCCUGCGAGAAUGAAUGGAAAAUGGAAAAACUCAAGAAACAGGCGCCAGAACUGCUCAAGCUGCAGUCCAUGGUGGACCUUCUGGAAGGUACUCUCUUCAGUAUGGACCUUCUCAAAGUUCACUCGUACAUCAAUAAGGUGGUGUCUCAAAUGAAUAACCUAGAGGAGAUGAUAAAGAUGAACCUUUCUCGGGAGAAUGACUUUGUAAGAGACAGUGUGGCGACUCUGACCAAUCAACUACGGCAGUACGAGAACCAUUCUGACAUCAUGAUGAGCAUAAAGAAAGAGCUGUCCAAUCUGGGCCUUCAGCUGCUGCAGAAAGACUCCACCGCCUCGGGCCCUAAAAGCAAAGCUCAGGACACACUGGGGACAAAUAUCAAAGAUGCUUCAAAGUUUCCAGCAAAGAAACCAGAAAAAGGGAAACCUCCACCAAAGCCAGUGAAGGAAAAGCCAGCCAAGCCUAAGAAAGAGACCGCAAAACCAAACAAAGCUGGUAAACCAGAGCAAACUGAACUGCCCAGUAAAACCAAAUCAUCACAGAACCAGCCAGGGCUUAUCCGAGGAAUCACAUACUACAAAGCCACCAAAACUGAUGAGACAGGCAACCAAAGAGAGAGACCUGAUGGAACGGACACGUUGCUUGAGGUAGAGGUAGAGGAAGAGGAAAGUACCAUAUUUCCAGACACCUUAGCAACAGAGACAACCCCGGCAACUGUACCCAUGACAAUAACAACAACCACUCCUCCCACAACAACAACUACAACAACAACAACCCAGAGGACGACAACAUCUAGCAGAACAAUAUACAGAGAGGAGCGACCGGCUCCAACCAUUGCACUAGUGCUGGACAACACCAGCAACAACUCAUACAUCGCAGUUAAAGAGCACAGCUGUGAAGGGACGCUGGCCUCCGUUGAUCAGCCGGUCAAACAGCACAGUUACGGUAGGAAUGAGGGCGCAUGGAUGAAGGAUCCCACCGCCAAGGACUCCAAAAUCUACGUCACCAACUAUUACUACGGCAACAACCUUGUGGAGUUCCGGAACUUGGACAACUUUAAACAGGGCCGUUGGAGUAACCUGUACAAGCUGCCUUAUAACUGGAUCGGAACCGGUCAUGUUGUGUACAGAGGAGGGUUUUACUAUAACCGUGCCUUCACAAAGAACAUCAUCAAAUACGACCUCAGGCAACGGUUUGUAGCCGCCUGGGCUCAGCUCCACGACGUUGUCUAUGAAGACACCACACCUUGGAAGUGGAAAGGCCACUCUGAUAUUGACUUCGCCGUGGACGAGAACGGACUUUGGGUCAUUUACCCGUCUGCUGACGAUGACUACGGACAGGCCGAGUUCAUUGUAGUCAGUAAACUAGAUCCCAAUGACCUGUCUGUCAAAAAGGAGUCCACGUGGAGGACAAGACUGCGAAGAAAUUCAUUCGGGAACUGCUUCAUAAUAUGUGGCGUCCUGUACGCGGUGGACAUUUACAAUCAGCGGGAAGGGGAGGUUUCAUAUGCAUACGACACGCUCACGGGGGCCGAGGCGUCACCGCGUUUACCAUUCAUUAACGAAUACGGGUUCACCACACAAGUCGAUUACAACCCAAAAGAGAAGGUUCUGUACGCCUGGGACAAUGGACACCAGCUCACCUACAGCAUCAACUUUGUAGAGCAAGAAAAGAAAUGAAAUCGGACUGUAUUAAUCUUAUUUACUCAAAGCAAAAGCCACUUCCCGAUUGUAACUGCCUCAUUGGUUCCACUGACAAAUGCUCUCUUGAAACGGUUCAUCAUCUCCUCAUGAAUUUUAAUAGACAUUUGUUAGAGAUUAUAUAAGAACAAAGGGAUUACAUAAACGCUGCGCUAGAAUUAACUAGAUCUAGAAUCCCGUCGAAUGAAAUCUAAAGGCCCUCUCACAUGAUUCACGUCAAAAUUGCAUUAAACUCUGUGGAGCGAAGCUACUUCCAGCUUCGUGUUGUGCACAGGUUGACCCAUAUCACCUUUGACCAUUUUGAAUUAGCAUACAAUUACAUCUUUCUUUCCAUAUGCCGCUGACAUUUUUAAGCAUGAUUAUUGGACAAUUUGUAUAACGUUCCUUCUUUUUUGCUACUUAAAACAGGACAGGAUAGUGUUUUGUAUUUGCAUAUAACACUUGUCCUGACGUCCAAUUAAGUUCUAAUACAAUUCAUGUGAAAGGUUCUAAAGUGUUCACAAUUGACCCUUUGCAAAGACCCGAUGCUGUUACUACGUCCGAGAAACCAUGGCGCUCUCACGCCACACAUCAUGCAGCGCCUUAGUUCAAGUUGCACAUGAACCGAUCGCCUCUUCCUCUUACUAGUUAUAGCAUGAAAUAAACAUGAAAGAACAUCAGAAGGAAUCUUGUUUCAACCGCGGAAAGAAUGCAAACCAUUUUCAAGUUCAAGUCCACUGACGUUAAUCUACUCUCCUGUCUGGUUUGCUUGUCGGACAAAAAUGGGAGAUUCGGCAUUAUGAUUGGACAGAUCACCUGUCAAUCAAACUCCCUGCGAAGGGCCAAUUACAGCUUCUAACUUUGAGUUAAUUUUAAUCUCUAUAAAAAAGCCCUUACAAAUGUUUACAUAAUUUAAACUGUCCAAACCAGGCAUGCUGCAAUAAAGCAACAUCAAACUAUAAAAAUAAUUGUAUGUAAUAAUAAUGAUAAUAAUAAAAAUUUAAAUAAUAAUAAUUACAUUUAAAUUAAAUUAAUAAAGAAAAAUAAUCAAUAAUAAUGAAUAAAAUUUAAAAAUUAAACAAAACAAUGUAAUACAUUUUUUAAUUAUUGUUUUUAUGUAGUAAAAAAUAUCUAAAAAUCUUAAAACAUAACUUUACUUGAGAAGCAUCACUGCAUUAAACUUUUUUUAUGGAUUAGAAUUUCAAUACAAGUGUAUUUUGUCUUAUAUUUUUACCUGUUUUAAGUGUUACAAAAGCUUAAAAAUACAUUUUAUAUAUAAAAUAUUUAAAAUAAAUGUAUUUUGCUUCUCAAAUGAAUUGAUCUUGUUUAAAGGAUAGAUAUUUUAACAGGUAAAUUAGACAAAAACAUAUAUUAAGAAAAGGAUUUCAAGCAGCGGACGCCUACCAUGGCAUCCUUCUGGUGACAAAUGUAUUACGCAUCGCUCCUGGUUAGGACUUGUGUAAAUCAUUAAGUUUAAAGAGUUCCUUGACUUGCUCUUCUUUAACACAAAUAAAAGCUUGUCAUGCCAACCACACCAACAGCAUAACGUAACCUUCGUGUUUCAUGUACCUGUAAUGAUAUUUUAUAAACAUAAGCAUUCUGAAGGAAAAUUGUUAUAUGUUUUCACAUCAAGAAUGUGCCAGAAAAUUGUCUUCCAGUGUUUUGGCCCAUAUAGCCUCAGCAGACUGGUGAAGCAUGACAUCAUAAUGGAGAAAGAAUGCUUUGUGUGCUAAUGAGAGCGUAUGAUUAUGUUUGGGAGUCUCUUUAAUGACUGGGCAGGGUUAUGUAUAGAAUGUUUAUAACAGACAGGUCAUGCGAGGAAGGUCUGUGUGACACAUGGAUAUGGAUAUAUAUGUCGUAUUAUAUUUAGAAUGUUGAUUUAAAGCAGUUUGUCAUCCUUGUGCCCUCUGUAAAUAGCAGAAUAUUUUUUAUUUUGUUUUGACUGAGUUUUAGAAACAAUCUUCCCAAGAGGAAGAGAUUUCUUUAAUGCAGCAUAUCUGAUUUUAAUAAACUCUAAUUGGAUUUUGUUAAAUGUGCAUUUGGUAUUGUGAAAUAUACUUCUAAACAGAUUAAAAAGACUGCUGGGAUGGAA